CGUAGAGAGAAGAACGAAGUCGACCACCUCUUCGGAAUCUUCACUUUCUUGCGCAAUACUGAUACCCUGUAGUCUCGCUAGACAUCCCGUCUCCCUCCUCGUCUCCUUCUCAGUCAGGCACAAUGAUGUGCUCCUCCUGCCGCCGGACUUUCCUCACACGCCUGCGCUCCAUACAUCUUCAACCUCAAUCCUCACAUCCACCGACAAUCUCCUUUGCCCGCACCGUUGCAACGGUCCCCUCGACUCCCAAUGCCGCUCCCCCUCAAGCGCCGCCCUCAAUCGCUAUAGAUGGUGUCGGCAACCCAUCUCAAUCCUCAAACACUGCCGGCAAAUCGCAACCGUUAUCCGAACCGCACACUCCCUCCACGUCGACCGCAAAAUCUGGCUCUGGUCCUGACUCGACGAAAAGCACAAGUUCAAAGAAACCAUCUCGCCCAAAAGGUUCCGUUCCGGGCGGCGCCGAGCUUCGCGGUCUGGGCUACACAAAAGCCAAACCCAAGGUCACAGCAAUGGAGGACGACGAGUAUCCGGACUGGCUAUGGACGUUGCUGGACGAUAAGAAGACGACGCCAGGCGAAAAAGUUGAUCUCUCAACAAUGACGAAGAAACAGCGCGCCCGCUACGAGAAGAAACAAGCUCGCCUACUCCAAGACACCCCCAAGACCGUGCCAGUGCAUGAACAGAGCAAAGACCUCACGGGUCCUGAAGACGACGCCAUUAUCAGCAUGCAAAGGAGGCAGGAGAUUACCAAGAGUGCUCGAGGAGCCAGGAGAAGGAGUAUACGCGAGAGCAAUUUCUUGAAGUCGAUGUAAAACUAGACAAAGUUGUUCCUCGCUUGGCUGUGGAGAAGUUGUGUGUGAAUACUAAUUAGCAUGUGAAGCCUUGUUUGACAACCACGCGGCUCUUGUCCAGUUUGCGUGGAGUGGGUGUCGAGGGUUCUGAGUCUGUUGCAGGGUCAUACCGGCAAGAUUUGUGCGUGAAGGAAGGCAGACUGAGAUGUCGGGGAUGGACAAAACGAGCUCAAGUCAAGACGGCUCGAAGAAACCCGCAGGCGAGGGAAACUGCGGUGAUGAGAGAAACUCAUGGCCUUGUUCAACACCAAGCGGCGCAAACACCUGAUUGUCUAUAUAUUCAUAUACCCAGUUGUGGAUAUAGCCACAUCAAGGACGUAUAUCCCCAUAUACGCCGCUCAGUGGCUAUGCUCCCUACACCAUCAUGAUUCAGCGCCAUGUCGUAUAUCAUGCUUCGUGUAAGUAAAUCC